AAGAGUUUUACAUUAUUUUACUAUACCAUUCGGACUCGGAAAACCGACGGAAUCGUUUUCAACCAUGUGCCAGACUGUAAAAGAAUCCGUCCACAAACAGCAAUAUGCAGACACUCAAAAAUCGCAGCCGAAAACCAAAAUGGAGCCCGUAAAACUAGAAAAAACCGUCGAGAUCUGCCCUCUCGACUGCCCCUGCCGACAGAAGACCAGCUCAUACCUACCACUUCUCUUCAACAUACUUGGCAUAUUAUUUGCAGUGUUCGCAACAUAUAUGAUGAUCACGACAGAUUCCAACCUAUAUCUGAUAUUCUGGAUAUGUUACUCUGUUCUGCGACGAAUGAUGGGGAAGAACAAAGGGUUGAAAAUGAAAAAGGACUGAUUUUUUUUUU